AUGGACAGGACCAGACCGUCCGUUCGGAACUACAGUCUCGAUCUGACACGACAUCGGAAGCUGACUGACGCCAAGGCCGUGUCGCCAUCAUCAUGUUCUGUGAAGUUCAUGCCGGAGGUGUUGGAUAAUCAGGGGAACACGUCGGCCAGGAAGCACUCGUCACUGUCGCAACCCGCGUUGAGGUGUCAUUCGAGACAGCAUCAUAAUAUACUGAGUCCACAUGCGUUGGCGGUGAGUUUUUUGUUGAUUGGGGUGUUUGGAAAGGGAGAAAUUGUAAAUGCGGAAAUUUUCACAAAAAAGUGA